ACAUAGUUAUCAGCCCGGAAGAUCUCCGACGGCACGAAGGACUGAGCCUGGUGAGCGCGUGUCGGCCUCUCUAGUUGUCGGCAAAGGCUCUGAAAUGAAUGAAGAGUCCCUUUUUCGGACACAGACUCCGGGGAGAGACACAGAGGACUGUCCUAUGACGCCCGAUCCUGCUCUGUGUCCGUGUAAAGGGCAGCGGAUUCUUACCGACCCCCGGACAUGAUAUACCUAACGGCGCGCGGUGCGGCUCGUGUGUCCGUGACAGUCGACUGAUGGUGCAGAGGCGCGUGCGGUGCUGUUGGGAAAUGUGAAACAGCGGUUGGUGACAGUGCGACAAGACAUACUGAAGAUAAAUACAGCAUCUGAUUGAUGAGACGUUAACAUGACUUCGGUAUGCGUCUGUGGGAGUGUGCAUCAUAUUCCCGAUGCACCUGCGCAACUGAAUGCUGAUCCUGGGCAGAUGGAUAUCUUUUAAUGAUGGUCACAAUGUCUAUUAAUCUAUUUUUACCUCGUGGUUUUCAGUCUUGCCAAGAACCACAUGUGCAACCAUUCUCUACAAGUAUGGGCUUCUUUUUGUCUACCUCGUCUCUUUUUAUUUUUAAGCCAUUUAAUUUAAUGCCAUCGCAAGGACUGAUGUCACGAGGAGCUUUACACUACUGCAGAUGAAGAAGAGAAGGCUUUUAAUAUGCACUAAAGGCAUGCAUUUACUCUGAUGCAGCGUGAACAUUAUGCUCUUUUGUGUUUACAUGGGAUCAAAUUCACCAACAAGGAUUCAGGUGUCCUUGUGUUAGAGUAGAUAGGAUAUUCUGCCACUCCUAGAUAAUCGCAAACCUGUGGAAUGCUUGAUCUCAAGAUGAAGGAAACCUGUCGCAUCUGUGGACGGGAGCUCUGCGGUAACCAGCGCCGAUGGAUCUUCCACCCCACCGCCAAGCUCAACCUGCAGGUGCUGCUGUCUCACGCUCUCGGGCGAGAGCUGGCCCGGGAUGGCAGAGGAGAGUUUGCCUGCUCCAAGUGCACCUUCAUGCUGGACCGCAUGUACCGCUUCGACACAGUGAUCGCCCGUGUGGAGGCCCUGUCCAUCGAAAGGUUGCAGCGGCUCCUGCAGGAGAAACAUCGGCUGAGGCAGUGCAUCACUGGCCUCUACCGUAAAACUAAUUCAGAGGAGGGUGCUGUAACAUUAACUGGAGGUAAUGAAAGACCAGGAGAUGGGAUGGUGGACAUUUCAGGUCUCACUCAUGCGAAGUAUUGUGCCCUCCUCCAGGACGACCUGGUCUACUCUUUGUAUGAGUCCUGGGCCGAUGACAGCCUGGACGGUCACCACCAACACCCUCAGUGUGCUGCUGGUCCAGGGUCAGAGGUUACAGUUGCAGGCUCACAUCGUUGUGUUCCCAGCACUCCCAGGAGGUGUCAGGGAUGUUCCUACUGGCGGGUGGCGGACUCUGACUAUGAAGCUGUCUGUAAGGUGCCCAGGAAGCUGGCACGCAGUAUUUCCUGUGGGCCGUCAACCAGAUAUUCAGCCAGUGUUAUUGGAGCAAGUGUGAUUGGAGGAUUAGGAGGUGGUGGAGAAGGAGCAGGAGAAAGAACAAAUGUGGAGGACUCAGAAGAAGCCCCCUCCUCUCUGACUCUGGUCCCUGGUUCUCAGGACCCCUCAAGGACAUCAGACAGCGAUCGCACCCUUGCUGGACGAGCCAGCUCCAGCCCCUCUAUAGCAUCCUUAGAGACAACCGAGGAAUAUAUUCAACCAGGGGCCUUAACAGAUGGGCCGCUGAGCUCCCCCCGGGAACUAAUAGAUGACCGGAUAUCUGACUCUCUCUCUGAGGAGCACAUGGGAGGCCCACAUGGCCAAGCUUCACCUGGACCCAGCCUCUCUCUGGCCCUCUGUUUGCUGCAGAGCUAUAGUGUCUACCGGCCCGUCCGUAGCUCUAAAGGGAGCAAGCUGCCAGUGUUGCUCCGACGGAGCUCCAGUAGUGGAGGCAUGAGGCUGGGCUUCCCUGAUCCUGUUCUGGCAAUGUCUUAUGGAACUCCAGAUGGAGAAAGAGACAACCACAUGCCAACACCUGAGCUGGAGACCCCUUUGAUCAGGCUGCAUGUCGGGGUUGAUCGGGAUCUAAACCUGGCUGACAUGGAAGAUUUAUUGGAGGAUUUGUACAAAGAGUAUCCUCCCCCACCUCCCCACCAGAGCCUCGUUGAGGAGCAGCAGAGCCAACUGAACCAGUAUGAGUGUGCAGCCGGUCAGUGUGUCAGCGAGCUGCAGAAGGCCCAGCUCCAGGUCCAAUCCCUGCAGGCCAAGAUCCACGAGAGCGAGGCCAACAAUAUGAAGCUGCAGGAGAAGCUGAAUGAGAUGGGGUGUGAGCUGCGCUCAAUCCGUCAGGCUGCUCAGAGUCAGGAAAGAACCAUUCAGGGUCUCACAGAGUCCAUCAGCACCAAAGACAGUGAGGCCCAGGAGCUGUACCAGCUGAUUGAAGGACAGAACACCACACUGUGUAAGCUGAGAGAAAUGGCCCACCGCAACCAGCUUGCUCAAUGCAAGGCUCCAGAGGGGGUCAGCGAGUCCUUGACGCUCGCCCAGCUGCAGGGCGAGCUGGUGGGGGUGCAGAGCUCCCUGUUCUCCCUUGGUCUGGAGCUGGAGGCCAGUCAGAGGAGUCUGAGACAGAGCCAGAGGCAAGGAGAUGACCUGGUGAGGUUCAAGGACAGACUCAACUCUGAUCUACAGGAGGUACUGCAGCACAGGGAGGUCACUGAAAAGCACAACCAGGACCUGCACUGUGCUCUUAAGAAAACUCGCUCUGAGCUUCAGGCUAAAGAAGCAGCUCUGAAGGAGAGCGAGGCAGAGAGACACAAUGUGCUGCAAGAAAAAGACAGGAGCAUCACACAGCUCCAACGCACUCUGCAGGACAAGGAGCGACAGUUACAGGAGUACUCAGAGAUGUUGGAGGCAACUGGAAGCUCCAAACCAAGAGAUGCCCUGCUGGAGAAACUAAAAGAGCGUAUUAAAGAUAGAGACAGAGCUCUGGAGCGCUCCAUCGAUGACAAGUUCCGCUGUGUGGAAGAGCGCGAGGACCAGGUGAGGAGGCUGCAGCUGGCCCUAAGGGAGAAGGAACGAGACCUGGAGAGACUCCGCUGCAUCCUGUCCAGCAACGAGGAGACCAUCACGAGUCUGGAUGCCUUGGUGCGUGGUAAAGAGCUGGAGCUAGAGCAGGCGGCAGAGGCCUACAGGAACCUCCAGUGGCUGAAGCAGCAGAGCGAGGAGAAGGAGAGAAACACUCUGAGAGAGAAAGACACCAUCAUCAGCCAGCUACAGGCAGCUCUACAGGCACGCAGCCAGGAGACACAGGAUCUGACAGCCGCCCUCAUUGCCAGAGUUCAGGCCGGUCCCAGCGAGGUUGUAGAGGAGUUGAAGGCUCGGCUAGCGCUGAAAGAGAAACUCUUCCAGGAACUGCUGUCAGACCGCAGCCGCCAGUCUAAUGAACACCAAGCACAGGUGCAGGAGAUGCUGAAAACUCUCAGCUCCAAAGACCAGUAUCUGCAGGACUACUCUUACAGGCUCUCCCUUGUGAUCAGCGAGCAGACCGGCCAGCUGCAGGAGCUGCGCAGACAGCUGUCGUUAAGAGAGCAGGAGCUGUGCGAGCUGAAACGGGACAAGGAGAGAGAGAUGGGAGGAGAGACGGAGCAUCUGCGGAGUCUGCUUAAAAAGAAAGAAAUCUUUAUCAAGGAACUGAUGCAGGGCCAGGAUGAGGUGAUGCAGCCAUCCUCUAAAGAGAGUGAGGCAGAGAUGAAGGCUCUCCAGGAUGAGUUGCAGCUGGUACUGAAGAAGGAGAGGGAGGCUCAGAAGGAGCUCUCUGCUCUGCGUUUGUCUUUGGCUCACCAGCAGGCCACACGAGUGGACACUAAGGACAGCGCUGAUCAUCAAUGUGUCCUGGAGAAGCUUGUGUCAGAGUACAACAAGCUGAACGAUGCCCUGAGAGCGGAGAAGAGAUUAUACCAAAAUCUCAAGCACAUUCACACCAAGAGUGACAGCCCAGAGAAGAUCCAGGCCCUUCAUACUGAGCUAGACUCAGUUCAGGCACUCCGCAGACAGCUGGAGGAGGUCCUGGCCAGGACCCGUAACAUGGCCCUGGUGCUGGAAAGGGCAGCUAAAAGGCAGCCUGACUUUGGAGAGCUCAGCACAGAGGAAGAGGAGGAGGGAGAUGAUGAAGACGGCAGCAGUGACGAGUUCACGGACAGCAUAGAGGAGGAUGAUGAUAAAGUGACAGCCAAAAGUUUGGCCUCAAUUCAGGCUCAUGGACCUGAGAGUGUGACCAGAGUGCCAGUGAGGGGGGUAGUGUCCCAGAGAGCUGAUGUAAAGCAGCUUGAGGAAGCAAAGAAGACACUUGAAGGCCAGCUUGAAGAAAUAAGGUUACAGCUGGAGAGGGAUGGAUACACCUCCGUGGCUCAGAUGAGGACUGCACUGCAGAGGUUGCAAAAGGAGAACCAGGCUCUGAAAGAAAGCCAAAGUCGAGCUGGAGUUGUGGGACUGAGGACAAACACAAAAGAGGAGAAUCGCAGGAGUCUGAACCAGGAAGAGGAGGAGGAGGAGGAGGAGGAGGAAGAAGAAGAGGAGGAGGAUAUUGAGGAAGAAGAUGAAGAGCAGGAAACAUCUCCAGUACCCGUGGGGAAGCGAGGUCCUCCGUGCGUUAGUCUGGGUGACAAGCGAGGGAAGAGGCAAUGCACGAGUCCACGCUCUCUGAUGUCCCAUCAUCACACACACCACACUGAGACGGAGGUGGAGACUGCCGGUGACAGCAGUGAGGUGGGAGCGCUCUGGCAGGAUAUAGAGGAGGGUCUCCGUGAGCAGGCGGCCCGUCUGCGCUCUGAUCUGGCUCUGAGCCACCAGGAGAUCAGAGAGCUGCAGGAAAGGCUGAUGGUGUCUGAGGCCACGGUCCACGCUCAGGCUGAACAACUGAAGGACUACAGAGACCUGCUCACGGAGACAUCGGUGCAGCAGGCCAGUAAGCAGGUGCAGGUGGAUCUCCAGGAUCUGGGUUAUGAGACUUGUGGUCGCAGUGAGAACGAAGCUGAGAGAGAAGACGCUAGCAGCCCAGAGUUUGAUGACCUGGAGAUGUGCACGUCACUGUCCCAUCAACAGGACUAUGAGGGUGUGGGUGGUAGCUGGUACGCUGGUAACUGCAGCAGUAUCAGAGGUGGUUAUGAAAUAGAGGAUGAGUCAUCUUCUCUCCAGCAUCUGGUCCAGGAUCUCCGCUCACAGCUUACCCGCUGCCACAAGGUGAUCCGUGGGCUGCAGCUGCGUGUCCGCUCCCUGUCUACCACCAGCGACUACGCCUCCAGCCUGGAGCGUACCCCACGCAAGGUAAACUGGGCCUUCGAGACAUCACCAGCCCCCAGUGGUGUAGAAGAGGAUGAAGGCUGGAUGUCUGACACCCAAGGGGUUCGCUCAGGGUCCAAGCCCAGCAGGGAACUGCAAGAACUGAUGUCACGAGUUGCUUCACUGGAGGCGCAACUGAAGAGCUCCAGACUGGAGGGCAAAGGCCAAGCAGAAGAGGGGAAAUGUGCCACGUGGCCUGGGAAGUACAACUCUCUGAUCCAGACACAAGCUCGUGAGCUGUCCCACCUGAGGCAGAGGAUUAGAGAGGGGCAAGGAGUCUGCCAUAUCCUCACCCAGCACCUGGGUGAUACCACCAAGGCCUUUGAGGAGCUGUUGCGGGCCAAUGAUAUUGACUACUAUAUGGGUCAGAGCUUUAGAGAGCAGUUGGCACAGAACACCGCCCUGGCACAAAGAGUGGUCACCAAGAUCAGUGGACGUGACCGUGCAGAGAGCCAUGAUGACAAGACAGGCCAUGAGUUGCUUGCCCUGCGGUUGAGUAAGGAGCUACAGCAGAAAGAUAAAAUCAUCGAGUCACUCCACACCAAGCUGCAGCAGUGCCCAGAGACCCCGUCCAGCUGCCAUGCUCUCUCUGAGACCACCGACCAAUCAGACAGAACCUCCUUGGUGUCCGAUGAGUACAGAACCAAUGAAGACUUGGAGCUGUGCUCCGAUUUAGACACCAGAGAAUAUCAGGAGGAGCACCGGCUGCAGCAGCCAGGACACGGAUCAGAACAGAACGUCCGCUCAUCUGUCCCUCCUCCUCAUGGCCUCCUCAAGUCCUCCAGCAGCUGUCCCAACAUGCUUUGCUCAGGCCCUGUGGGUUUGACCAGUCAGUCAUUCAGAGCCCUUUUCAGUGAGCCUGUCUCCUACUCCCUCUCUGUCCCCUCUGGCCCUGACGUCUGGGGUAAGGAAGUCACUUCUGACCCCCGGCCCAGGGCCCUGUCUGUGAUCGCUGUUCGCCCAGAGCUGGACACGCUGUACAAACAGAUGAAUGAGCAGAACAGGGGCUUUGCAGUUCCCCAUGACAAGGCUCUGUUCACUCUCUCACCUGGUGCCCACAACCAGCACGACCUCUACAGCUACAGCCAGCUAUCCCGUCAUGCCUUUCAACAGUAUCAGCUGGGUGGCAUUCCUGAAGGCCACUCGCUGAAGUCUGACUCAGGUCUAGUGACAGGAGGAACUUUGUGGGACAUGGAGAACAUGGCGCAACCGGUUGGAAGCUAUUCUGGAUCACUGGGACACCAGCAAGGAAGCAGCCAUGCAGGGGUAAAUUUGAUAGAGGAGCACCUGCAAGAGGUGAGGUGUCUCCGUCAGCGUCUGGAGGAGUCCAUUAGGACCAAUGAGAGGCUCCGACAGCAGCUGGAAGAGAGAUUGGCCAAGACUGGGCAUGAUGGAGGGGCAACAAACAUCUACAUUCAGGGACUGGACACAGUCACUCAACUGUCCAAUGAGAUCAGAGUCCUGAAGGAAGAGAACUUGGGUCUGCAGUCACGCCUGCAGGCCAGUACAGACACAUGUGAGGAGGUGGUGCAGUUGCGGGAGGCGGUGUUCACAGUACGAGCCCGUCUGAAACAAGCAGAGCUGGAGGCAGAGCAGUGGAAGGAGGAGCUCAGACGACUCCAGGCUCACAGCCAGGAGCAGGGACAGCAGAUACACAUAUUAAGGCAGGAACGACAGGCCAGUCAGGAGAAAACCAACAGGCUGCAGCAUGAGGUGUCUCUACUGCAGCAGCAGCUGUGUGAGAGCAGAGAGCUCAGCCACUCCCUGCAGAGCGAACUACAAGUGUACGAUCGAGUGUGUUCCAGCACUAAGGCCAACAAAGGCUACCUGUGUGAGCUCCCAGGUCUACCAGUGGAGCUGGGGGAGCUGCUCGGGGAGGUGAGGAGUCUGCGAGCCCAACUGCAAAACAGCGUCCAGGAGAGCAGUGCCCUCAAACAACUGGAGCUCCACAAGCAGCUGGAGCAGAAGCUGGGUGUCGGCUCUCCUCGGACUCCCUCCCUCUCUGCCCUGACUGCCAGCCCUCAGAGGGAAAACUUCUACAGACGACAGCUGCUGCACGACCCAGCUCCGUCUCCACCAGUCAGGGACAUUGGUCUGUUUAACUGUGGAUCUCCCGGUCCCCCCUACUCAGACCUGGACGACAGCCAUAGUACUGCCAAUGCUCAUUUAUCUCCAGCAGACCCUCUUGACCCUCAUUCUGAGCUGGAGGGGGAGGCCCCUGAUGGAUCGUUUGCCAACCGUAAUGGCCGCCACGCCAUUGGUCAUGUGGAUGACUUCAGCGCUCUUCAGCAGCAAGUCCUAGAGGGCCGGAGCCUCGUCCAGCGCAUGGAAACAACCCUGCAGACCUGCCUCGGCCCACCACUGUUGGAGGACAACCAGAAACAGAGCAGUGAGCUGGUCCUGGACUAUGGAUGUGUGAAGAGUCUGCUGUCCAACACCAAGACUCUUAGGCAGAUCCUGGAGGAGGUGAUGUCUCUGCUGAAGAUGUUCUGGAGAGCAGCUCUACCCAGCACUGAUCCCUCCAUCCAAAACCUUAAGAAGGAGCAGAGUAUGCAGGAGGAGAUCUUGUCCCUGAAACUGCGUAUAUCAGAGCAGGAAGAGGUUCUUAAGGGGACGAUUCAAAGACUGAGGAGCACCAGCCGCACCAAGGAGAGCAUGGAGCACUUCAUAGUCAACCAGUUGUCAAGGACUCGUGAUGUGCUGAAGAAAGCAAGGACAAAUUUAGAGAAGAACGAGCUGAGACUUUCCUCUCUUAGCUCCUCCUCUUCCUCUCCUUAUGCUGCUGAGGACCCAGGAGGUGCUGCCAGAGAGCGACCUGCUGAUUGCAGUUUCCUGAAGACCAGCGGUGCCUCCGGAGCUGCAGCCAAUCAACGUCCAACAGCGAGGAAGCGCAGCAGCCAAUGCCUGCUUUAGACUUUUAAAGAACCAGCCGCAACGCCACCACCUCUGACCUCUGACCUCUAUGCUGAAACAGCCAAGACCUACCACCCCCACCCUCUUUCCAGCCUUCCAAACCAGCCUUUCUUGUCCCACCCAACCUCCGCCUUUACCUCCGUCCAGCCAUCCUCCGCCUUCCCUCCUCCAGGCAAUACGUGCACAGUAUAAUCUGCACCUUGAGCCUUACCAAACUCCCUUCACCCCCUCGCCAAAUUUCAGUCACUCUCUACCCCCUCCCACCAGAUGCAUUAUUGUCUUUGAGUGAUACAGUCAGCAGUUUGCUUUGUCGUGUGUGUGACAGAAGAAGGUGUUUGAAAUGUGCCUCUGGUGGUUUCAGUGAUGUGGUCCUACUGAUGGAGCUGGUUGAAGAUGCUCCUAGACACUGAUCUCAGACCAGGUGUGUGUUCUCAAUCUGGUUUUCAGUAUGUUUUCAUAAAGACAUUUUGGUUUCAGGGGUUGUAAUACAGACACGUUCAGGAUAACUGUACCUGAUUUCGAAAUUUUGAAAAAUCAACCAUAGACAUGACAGAACUUAACUUGCGAGUUAAAAUAGAAAGUUUCUAUAAUAUAAAACCCUAGAUCUGUAUCUAAGAGCAUCCUCUCCUGAGAGCCAGACAGCCUGUGGACGAGAUAGAUGUUCAUGCAUGUUUAAUCGUGGCUUGUGAGAGGAAUUCUGCACACACGUACACACACAUACAGUACAUAUCUAUAUGUGUGGUCAAAAACGGCUCACUCAGAGACAAGACAUCCUCAACUUUGACUGCCACAGAAAUGCAAGUUUACUUCUCGUGGCACUUUUAUUAACGAGGACAUUUUUUUGCAAAUGCAAUGCAAAGAACAGUGACACCCACAAUGUAUCACUACACAGUGGAGGAAUGUAGAGGAGGUAGGUGAUCACUGCUAAGUAGUCGUGUAUUAGCUAUAUCUGUGUUUGUGGAGGAAGCUUAUGAAUGGUAUGUCAGCCAUCAGCCAAGGCUUAUGAAUAGCAGAACAAAAGUCAGAAAAAGGUUCCAUUUUAGUCACAAGCCUCCUCUUUUAGGUCCUAACGGUGCUUUUUUGGCAUCUACCUAUUGAAUUUGAAGUACAGAAUAAGUAAAAUGCAGGGCAGUAGGGUCAAUUAAAUGCUCAUGGCUUCGAUCAAUCUGGUUGGUUGUGAUUUCUAAGCAGGAUGUAACUAGAAAAUGUAAAAGAAAAGAGGUUCAAGUGCUCAAAUGGAACCAGGCUAAACGCGUAUUCAAACUCCUCUGAAGGAGUUCUCAUACGAGCAUGUGCAAUAAUGAUGUUGUUUCUUGAAUGAUCAUGCUGCACCGGGUUAUUAUUAUUAUUAUUUCUAUGCUUGACCCUGGAUUAUUAGACACACUCAUAAUAAAGUUAGGACACAAUCAGUAUUACGAUUGUACUUGUUUCUGGAGUGUUGAUGCAUGACAGAGAUAGUAAAUGGUAAAAUCUAAGUUAUGGAACAGGGGAUUGCCAAUACUUGCCAAAGUUUGAACUUUGAACUCUUUACUUUCACUUUGACUUGCCUUAUCCAUGCGAAUGACAAACCCAGGUCUGAUCAGACCGUAGGGAUACCGAGGUGUCUUUUUUCAGAGGGCCUCCAGAACCACAGAGAUGGUAACCGUUAGACAGCUAGUUCACUUUAUUUUGAAUUGUGCGAUGGAAAUGAGCUCCUUUUUUGGACCAAAACUCACAAGGCCAUAUGCUAUUGUCUUGAUGUUAUUUCUCUUGGUUCGGGCCGUCUUAGCAUUCCCAUGGCAAUGGCAAUAUAGGUUAUCAAGUUCUUAUAGAUGAUGCAAACUUUGGCAGGCUACUGGUGGGAUCAUUGUUCUUUCAUUCACUCACAUAUAACAGUUCAACUUCACAUUUAGUUUGAUGUGUUUUCUUGCUGUACAUUUGCCAUUUUAUGCUGUAAAUAACCAGCUUUUUCUGUAUGAACUUUACUUUUGUUUGUGUGUGUGUGUGUGUGUGUGUGUGUGUGUGUGUGUGUGUGUGUGUGUGUGUGAAAAAACAUCCAACAUUUGCUUUUUGCAAAGUUGAUUUUCUGGGUAGCUGUGCAAUAGCUUUAUAUCUUUUAUUUUGAUGUUAAACAUCAUUGUAUUACAAGUAUUUUUGCUGCAUUCACUUCUUGUAUGUUAGAGGAUUAUGUCACUGAAUCAAUUAGUUACAUAGGUGGUGUCUGAUAAGAAAUCACAAACUAUGCCUUCAUGAUAUCUAAGUCACUGAUCACAAUAUCGUCCACCUAUAACAAAGCUCUGAUUAAUGUUGCUUCGCUUGCCUUUAAAUUUAGCCUGAGAGAUUCUUCAGUCUGCUCUCAGUGGUAGAAAUGGCCUUGAAUGUCUUAGCGCUAGUCUACCUGAGAUUUGCCAAAUUAGGUUUUGUUUGCGCUCGAGUCUUCAGAAAAAGACAGAAGUUGCCAAGUAUUUCAAUAGAGGUAAAAAGUUUGAUUUUUCCUUUUGAAAUUAAAGACGUUAAAUGGAAAAGUUUUGAAGAAUUGUCUACUGUAAAAAAAGCCAAUGACUAAAAAGAUGUGAAAUGUUGGAUCCACAAAGCACCUUGUUAGAGCGUAAACAAAGCCUAUUUGCUAUUUGUUAUUAAGAAGGGAAUCAAACAGCAGUUUGAAACAAUGUAUUGUUGGUCCUGAGUUGCGUAUGUAUAUAGUGUAUUUUAUUUUUUUCCUGAGUUUGUGCAUAAUGAACUAGAAAGCCGAUACAGGACUCAUAUGGAUCCUGUCUCUGAUGACAGUUAACAGUGUGCUGUGUUGGAAAAAGUAUUAUCAAUGAAAGAUUUUGGGAAAGAAUGAAUAAAACACUUAUGAAGCUUG